CGAGAGCCGAUGGAAUGGAUGGAGGGCGGUGCGAGGGGCUGGCUCCCGACUUCCGGGACGCCGGCGGAUGUUGGGGUUUGAAUUGUCCGUCAGUUAGCGCGGGCGGCUUCAGCGCGGGGCGGUUGCCGGACCUCGCUGUCGGCCGCGCUGCCCUCGGGCUUGAAGAACUCACUAGAAUGAGUAAGAACAAUUUUGACGUUCAAAAUCCACCUUGUGUUCUCUGUGGAUGGACAGAUAACUGCCCUGAAAAGUACGGAGAAAAAAGGACCUAUGUAGAAUAUAAUCUGACUCUUCAUAAUUAUUGUUUGUUGAUGUCAAGUGGCAUUUGGCAGAGGGGGGAAGAAGAUGAAGGUGUAGAUGGAUUUUUGAUCGAAGAUAUUAGGAAAGAAGUUAACAGAGCUGCAAGACUGGUGUGUAAUAUCUGUAGGAAAAAGGGUGCUUCAAUUGGAUGUGUUGCUCCCAAAUGCAAGCGAAGUUACCAUUUUCCUUGUGGUCUACAAAAGGAAUGUGUUUUCCAGUUCAUGGAAGACUUCAGAUCUUACUGUUGGGAACAUAAACCAGUUCAAAUCUUUCCGGAUAAAGAAUCUAGAGAACCUUCGCAGUGUGCAAUAUGCCUGGAUUUGGUUGAACAUCUUCCACUGUACAGUGUAUUGAGAAGUCCUUGUUGUAAAAAUACUUGGUUUCAUCGAGAAUGCUUGCAGUAUCAAGCUUUGAGUGCUGGGAUAUUUUUCUUUAGGUGCGCAGUAUGUAAUAACAAGGACAAAUUUCAGAAAGAAAUGUUGAGAAUGGGUAUACACAUUCCAGAGAAGGAUGCAUCUUGGGAACUUGAAGACAAUGCAUAUCAAGACCUACUGCAAUGUUAUCAACACUGUGACAUUAGAAGAUGUCUCUGCAAGAACGGACGAGAUUAUAACAAACCUGAUAGUAAGUGGGAAAUAAAGCGUUGUCAGUCUUGUGGUUCCCGUGGAACUCACUUGGCCUGUUCAUCCAUGAAAUCAUGGGAGCAAAACUGGGAGUGUGUGGAAUGCAGAAGCAUCUUUGCAAAAGGGAAAUACAGCAAACGGAAAAAGCAUUCUUUGGCUACCUCUGAAAAGAAGGAUGGGACAGCUUGUUUGCUGGAAGAACCAUCUGCAAAGCUCCCUCGGCAGUCACCUGGAUCUCAACACAACUGUCUUCUCCAAUCACCAAAGAUAAUGUGCCAGAACAACUUGUCACCCUGCUCACUCCUAGAACGUCCAACAUCCAAUAGAGUGGCAAUGUCUUUAUCUCCACUGAUGUCAAACAGGAACUUCUCCCUAAGGAAAAAGCAUUUAAGAAUGCAAAGAAAGGAAGCUUCUAAUAUACUGAAGGAGUUAAAGCAACAAAUUAAUACAAAAACUACAAGGCUUAACAUCAAUACAGAAAAUAUCUGGAAGAGUGCUUUAAAAGGAUUUAGACAGCGUAACUUCAGACCUACCAACACCAUUGAAGUGAAGUUCACAAACUGCAAAAGCAGAAUAAAAACAGAUUCUUUUACUGGGUCAAAACACCUUUUCUUCCAGUUACUAAUGCUUCAUCUUCAGAAUUCAUCAUUGUUUGAGGGCUCUUCUGCAAAGAACUUGUCAGUUGACCCUCAAGCUCUAAAAGAGAAUCUGUAUUUUGAAGCUGGCAAAAUGAUUGCAGUUUCUCUAGUUCAUGGUGGCCCAUCUCCUGGUUUCUUUUCGAAAAUAUUGUUUGAUUGUCUUGUCUAUGGUCCAGAGAAUGUGAAGCCAAAUUUGGAUGAUGUUGCUGAUGCUGAUGUAGCGCAGACAAUAAAAAAGAUAAAAUAUUCAGAGAGUCUGUCCAGCCUACAGUCAACAAUGCAUGACUGCUAUGACUUCCUUGCUGCUGCUGGGUGUUUAAGACCUGUUACAGCUUUGCGUGAUAAGGAUAUGCUGGUGAAUGACUUACUGAUCCAUCAUGUAAUCAAGAGAAUUACUUCACCUUUAGAAAGUUUUAGGCAAGGUUUGAAAACUCUUGGUCUGCUGGAGAAAAUGGAAAUGCAUCCGGAUGCAUUUUCUAGCUUAUUUUGCCACAAACCUGAAAACCUUUCGGCAGAAGCUCUCUGUGAUCUCUUUACAAUCCAUUGCUCACCAGGUGUAAAGAAAGUUGGAGGUGCUGAUUUUUGGAUGGGUUAUUUGUGGUGAGUCUGUAGUGACAUUAGAGGAUAUUCUAUUCUUCGCAACUGGUUCUUCUUCUAUACCACCUAUUGGUUUUGAUCCUGAACCUACUAUUAAAUUUCUGGCUUUAAGUUAUCCCAUUGGAAACAGACUCCUUAAUUGCUUAGAACUCCCAAUAACAAGGACGUAUGAGAAUUUUAAAAAUAAAAUGGAAUUCACUAUCAGAAGCACAUUAAGAGGCGAGAAAGAAUAAAUAUUUUUGCUACUAAACCGAUUGUUGGAAACUUCAGUUUUCUGUGGGAGUGUCUGCUGGCAAGGUGCCUUUUUUUUUUUUUUGAUGGUAUGCUCUUAGUCUUUUACCAUUUGUCCUUCAAAGAUAUGGUGAAAGAAGUACUAAUCUUGUAAAAUGGAAAACUGUUUUCAGAUGAAUGUCAGUUGGUUUGGGUGGUUUUUUUUGUUGUUGUUAUUGUUGAUUUUUCAGUCAUCUCCUUGGUUGGAAAUUGGCUUACCAUGCCAGCAGUCUCUUGCAGUCUGAUUUAGAAUGGGUAUUUUUGCUCCAGAUGUACAUAGGAUGUUACCAAACUCUGUAACAUUUUAGCAAUUUCCUAAAAGUAAGUGGGGUGCGUACACACUUCAGCAACUUUUCUUUCAGUCAAAUCAGUUUUUUUGUUUUUUAAGGUAACUGCUGUAGGGCUUUGUCUCAGGUAAAACUGAUAGAGUGCUUCAGUUCCGUGUUACUAUUUUCAGUUAACUGCUUUCAUGUAGAUUCAUUGACACUUUGAUUCUUAUAAAUCUAUGAAAGUUAGAGUUUAGGCUGUUGUGUUCAAUGCAUCAAAAUGAGAUCAUAAUUUGGAGAAGAUCAAGGCAAAAUAAUGAGCAAGAAGAAAAUCUGGUUGAACUUGAGUUUCUGCUGUUGAACAAAGUCUUCGGCAUUUGCACCCUUACUGAUUCUGCUGCUAUAUGGUAGCUUUUACUAUUAUGACUAUACAUAUAAUUUAAAAAGUUUGAAGUGGACUUUAACGUGCAACUGUAAGUGAUCCUUCAAAAUGAAAUACAAAAAUUUUCUUAUUAGAAGAAGAUAUUGAAUUUUCUUCCAUGGAAGUCGGUAAUUUCGUAUGAAUGUGCACUAAAGCUAUUUGAAUUGCAGGCAGUCUAACAUCAGGCCUGUUAUCAGUGCCUGAUGCUUCUCUAGCUUUUAUUCUAAACGCUUCCUUUUCAAUUUUAGAUGCAUUUUGAGCAACUGUGUAAAAUGUUUUAAUUCUGCAGUAUUUGUAUAAAUAACAUUAAACCAUAAACAAUCAGUAGUGAAAUCUCUACAUAGUAACACAAUGAUAUUAAAACUAUGAAACUGAAAAAAAAGUACAAUUUUAUUUUUAACGUAUGCAGGUCUCUUUUCAGAAGAACUUUUUUCUUUACUGUCAGUUUGGUCAUUUACACUGCAUCUCUAACAUAGGUCAUUCUGUAUGUGUAUAUAGACAGAUAUGUCUCUAUAUAUACCUGUAUGUAUUUUUACAUUCUUUAGAGUACUAAAAAGUAGCCAUAUACUUUUACUAUUAAAAACUUGUUUUAAGUUGAAAAUACAGGCAGGAUUGCUUUCCUUUUCAAUGUCUUGGCCAGAAAGUACACUUACAGUUGAUUAUAAAUGGAUUGGUGGUUUAAAAAAAAAAAAAAAAGCUGAAUUAAUCCAGUUUCAAGUUCUGGUUCAUCAUCAUGUUUUCCUCUCAUUAAUGAAAUGUAUUAGUGAAUGCCAAGUAUGUGGCAGUGUACUCCAACUGAAGACCUUUGUAAGUGGCAGUUGCUUUCACUAAAUACGGGACUGUACUAUAAGGUUGAAGACUGUGUAUUUAUAUUAAGCAGUCCGUUUAACAUCAUGCAUGUAUUUUGAAACCUUUCUUAAUUUGCUACAGCAUCUCCAUUUUUUUUUUUAUAUACAGACCUGUUUAUCUCACUGGAUAACAAAAGUGUAUGCCACUUAUUUUUGCAUUUCACAGUCUAAAUAAAUUAUUCCAAAGCUUAGGUCGGGCAUUUUUACAUUUCUCAUUUGUUUCAGUUAUUUUAAAAGUAAUAUUGUAAAAAAUCCUCAUUUAAAUUUAAGGAAUAUUACAAAUUAAGACUAUUGAUGCUUUCCUGGUUCUGAGACAUAAGCGUUAUAAAGUCAGACAGAAACUGAAGCUGCUAAUGAUCUCUUGGAGAAUAUUAUUUGGUUUGUUUACAUUCCAAGUUUUUUAUCAUUCUCUUAUGAUCUUUUUUCUCUUUUAUGCCAUGUUUGUCACUUUUUCUGGAUUUCUGAAUGCCAAAUUGCCAGUAAGUUUAUAUUCUUACUUAGAAUAAUCUGUUACCGGCACAAAUAAGGCAAUCUGUUGCAAAUUGAUUUGCUUAAUGAGGACUUGUGUUCUUUUUUUUUUUAACACAAUGAAUCCCCUAUAGAUAGGGUAUUUUACUUUAAAAAUGAGUAGUGUACUCAGCAGUAUUCGUUUUCCUUGACUAAUUUAGAAAUUAACAUGUUCUGUAAUAUUGUGGCAUUUUUCUUGAAGUAUUGAACUUGUUGCAAGCAGCACGUGGGCAGUUUUGGAAGUCAGUUGCUGAUCUUUUGGUACCUGCAGUAGGAAGGGAAACAGUACAGAAAGUGGAACUAAAUAAACUGUGUUUUAAAAUCUUCAGUGGAGGAGGAAAGAGUAAUAUCAUGUGAACACCAGGCUUCAAAAAGUAUCUGAGAUUUAAAAUAGGGUUCCUUUUAUAGCUUAUCAGUUCUGACUUCAUCAGUUCCUACAUUUUUUUUAAUAUAAAGAAAGAACUAACCUAUUAGUCAGCUGUGAGAGAAAUCCUGAGUUACAAUAUGCAAUAUUAAAGAAGUAUACAACACCAUAUCAAAACAUGGAAUUCACAAAAUACUCUAGUCUUUAAUACUGCUUGUAAACGUUUUUCUGAUGGGGAGCUUGUUCUCAUUUUCUAAUACUGCUGUACAUAUCUAAGGAUGUCUUCCCUUUCUUUUAGGUCUGAUUAGCUCUCUCUAGACACUUUAAUACAAUCCUAGUUUUCAAAUUGUAUUUCUAAAUGCUAUUAUAGAGAAGAAUUUCCUCUCUUCUGCUCUUUUUCAGCAUGCAUUUAUAGAUGCCAAUCUUAAAUUUACUUCUGUUUCUGUUAUGCCAUUGAACAAGCCGACUUCUAAUCCAUGAAAACACAGAAAGGUCUAUCUUAUGUGAAAACUUCUGGAGCAAUUGCUUUAGCUAUAAUGACCACCAGAAUUCAAUUGGUAGAGUAGGUCACUGCAGUGCAAUACUAUUGGGUUAUUUCCUUAUUUUACACAAAUGUUAACCUGAGGCACGUUGGAAAUUAGCAAAUUUGUUUAAGUAUUUCUGUAACAGAAGAAGAACAAACAUAUAUGUAUUAGUGGUUGCAUGUUCUUCUGUUUUAAUGGAAGAUUCGUCUUGUGUAAGAUUUGUCAAGGCCAUAAGAGAACGGCUACAGACCUCUUUGUCUUGUGUUAGACUGGCCAAAGAGCUUCUCUGUUUCUGCAUCAAAUGCCCCCCUCUCCCCCUCCCUCCCAAGCUUCCUUCUGGAAUCUGUGCAUCAAAUAAGCUAUUUAUUUUCUAGGGCGAUCACUUUUCUAGUAAGCAAUACUAGGUUAGCACUUGUGUUUUUAGUAUGGUCUCUUAAUGAAGCAUAUGUAACUUAAAAACCACACAAGUAUUUCAGAUAUAUAAAGACCAAGGGAUAGAAACUUAGUGACUUGCUUUCACUCAUGCAAAGGAUGCUCAGUUAGAACAAGCUGUUAGCAUUUUAAAUUCGUUUGUGAAAGAAAUUUAUUCAAAAUGAGAAGGAAUGGUAUCAGCUUCUACUUGAAGUAUAAAGCCCUGAUAUUUUUUUCAUUAAUAUGUUCAGUUCUCAGUUGAAAGAUUUCAAAAUUCUGGGAGGUAAAACUAAAAUGUUGAGCAGAGUAUUAGUAGUUUUAGGAGGAAUUUUUUUACUUGGACACUGGUGAGUCACUGGAACCAGGUUGCCCUGAAUGUGGAUGCUUCACCCCUGGAGGCAUUCAAGGCCAGGCUGGGUGGGGCCCUGGGCAGCCUGUUCUGGAGGGUGGCAGCCCUGCCCAUGGCAGGGGGGUUGGAACUGGAUGGUAUUUAGAGUCCCUUCCAACCCAAGCCAUUCUAUGAUUCUAUUCCAUGAUUCUAUAGUAAUUCAGUCAUAUUCUGCAUGUGCAUUUUAAAAACAGCAUCAAAAAACUUUACAAAAAUCUCAUUCAAAUGGAAGGAAAUGAAACUGGAGGCUACAGAAUAUGCUUUUAAAGCUGAUAUUGAUUCUUGUCUUGUAGUAAAGCAUUUUACAGCGCAGGUUUUACUUUUUUUACCUAAAGGAAUUGUUAGCUUGAUUUAAAAAAAAAAAAAAGAAAAAAAAAGAAAGGAAAGAAAGAAAAAAAGAAAAGAAAAAAAAGUGAAUGUUUUCUGACUUUAAGUAUCUUAGGGUGUAUAGAAAACAAAUCAUAAUAUCAUUUGUAAAAAAAAAAAAAAAGCAGCUUUCUAAUUUCGUAUUGCAUAAACUGUUUGUUUAAAAGUUAUUGUUAUUAGAAUGUUAUACAAUUAAUUAUAGUUUUGUAAAUAAAACUCCACUUAAAUCAACUGCAGGAUCAGUGCCUGAAGCGUUGCAGCUUUAAGCAAUGUUGUCAGUGAUGUGUAGCAUCAGUGUUGAAAAACUCAAUUGUGAGAGACAAAUGUCAUGUAUAUGUUUGAAAGUGCAAUAAAGGGUUAAAUUAC